UCCACGCCUACUUUAUGACACAAUUCAACCUCGAACUCGACCACAAACACAAACCCAACAAAACCAUCGACUGCUUCAAAACACAGAACGAGGAAAGCUUCGACUUCGAGGUCAUCGAAGAUCUGGACGGAAAAGACAACUACGAGUUUGAAAUCAUCGAUUCUGUUAUAGAAAACAAAAACGUCAGCGAAGAGAACAUAAAAGAUGUUCUACUAGACUUAGAUAGCAUAGGGUUACAAAGUAAAAGUACACAAAAUGAUUCGUAUGAUAAGGAAUGUCUUAAAAGAAAGAAUUUCAAUAGUAGCAAUGAUUACAUUGAUGAUGAAUAUCUGAUAGAUGAGCUGUGUAGAGAAGACAGCGACUGUCGGUUAACUCCAGACAUAUUUCAAGACGAAUACCUCUCCACAACUACCAGCGAGACAAAUACAUUACCUUCAAUGGAGACAGCAUUCUCCAAAAAAUACUGCAAUUAUAAUAAAGACGAUUACACUUUACCAUUGGAAGAGACCUCACAGGAUUUCAACAGCCACGCGCAACACAAUGCGAUGGUUCCGAACUUAGAUUAUUACAGCUAUCCAAAUAAUAUACUGUGCAACUUGGAAGGUGAGAACAACUACAUUCUACCGGACACCCCGACCAGUUGCACAGAAUUCAACUACGAUAGAAACGAGAGAAAAGUUUCAGUCUCAGAGUCCAUAGAGAGCGACGCACAUAGCUCCAACUACUACGACGAUACCUCGGAAGCUUUCGACGACGACGACCUCUUCAUCAAUCUCGAUGACUUUGGCCUCACGUUCCAAGGUGACAAUUCCGUCAACGCAGACGACAGCGCGGUCCCCCAAACUAGAAGCAGGAAUAGUGACAAUGAAAAAGUACAAGGUGAGCGCGUGUGCCAGUGGGAGGGCUGCUACGAGCGGUACCCCUCUCAGAGCACGCUGGUCGAGCACAUCGAGAGGUCGCACGUCAACACUUAUAAAGGAGACGAGUUCAGCUGCCUGUGGCGGGGCUGCGCGCGCGCCCGGCGGCCGUUCAACGCGCGCUACAAGCUGCUCAUACACAUGCGCGUGCACUCCGGGCACAAGCCCAACCGCUGCCAUCACCCCGGCUGCGGCAAGGCGUUCUCCCGUCUGGAGAACCUGAAGAUCCACGUCCGCUCCCACACCGGCGAGCGGCCCUACGCCUGCCCCGCGCCGCACUGCCGCAAGGCCUUCUCCAACUCCUCCGACAGGGCCAAGCACCAGCGGACGCACUUUAAUGCUCGUCCCUACGCAUGCGGCGCCGUGGGCUGCGGCAAGCGCUACACGGACCCGUCAUCACUGCGCAAGCACGUGAAGUGUCACCCACACGCGGCCGCCCCGCGCGCCUGCCUCGCCCCCGCGCGCGCCCCGCGGCCCCCGCCCGGCCCCGCCGCGUCCCCCGCCAAGCUGGCCACGCUGCGCUGCAUCAGGGACAAGCUGGCAGUGCCGCGCCUGCAGCGGCUGUGAGGGGGGCGGGGGCCAGGGGUGUUGUGACGCGGUCAUUGGUCUUGCUGAUUUUAGUUGAGAGUAGGGGUGGUUGUACCAUUAUACGACUAGCAAUUUACGAUCUAUGUAGAAAGAAAGAAAAUUUGAACCAACUUGGAUGUAAUUUUAAAAACGACAAUAGUAAAGACUUAAUAGAUAAUAAUUGAAAGGAUUAUAGUAAUUGAUAAGUUUAAGUUAUAGAUAAAUCUUGCGUUGUUUAAAUACUGCAUCUACAUAGCUACGGACCGUUAUAAUUUUUAUAAAUUAUAAUAAUUAUGUUAUAAUAUUCUGAAAACCUAAACUGACAAAAACAUUAAUUAAUUAUAGUUAGAUAGGUAUUUAGUUAGUACAAAAACCUAGGUUAAUGUGCACUUAAAAGGAUCUCUCCAAAAGACAUUAAGAAUUAAGUUAUAGUACUCAUAACAUACCUGUUAGUGCAUUAUUAAUAGCAUUAUGUAAGGUAAGAGUACUAUUUAAACUUAGGUUUUAGGAAAAUGUACUUUUAUUUCGUUAUUUACUUAAUUAUUAUAAAUUUAUAACUAAGUAAGCUACUUUUGUAAGUUAACUUACUCAAACUAUGAAACACCUACG